GUCGUCGAGGCGGGGGCGGCGGUGAAGAAGCUGGAGGAGAGACGAUGCGAGACGUCCUCGACCUGGAAAAGCUGAGCGACCUGCCUGGAGACGAAGCCAACAAAAAGCUGGAAGCCCUGAGAGGGAUCCAGCAGGAUACCAGAAGGACCGCGGUGUCGGGCGCCAUGCGGUUCAUGGCCGCACAGGUGCAGCACUUGAUGAAGACCCCGGAGCUGCCCUCCUGGCAGGCGGACCUGAAGCAGCAUCAGAUCCACUUGCAGCGCCUCAGCAAGGAGGUACAGGAGCAAGGAGACCAACUUUGUGAUGAAGCAGCUGCUGUCAGACGUGCCAGCUCGCCUGGACGCUCUGGACAAGGACAGAUGUGA